GCUGAGGGGAAUUUUACAGAACGUUCUUUGGAAAAGGGAAGGAAGUAUUUUGCUUUUUCCAUUAUUUUAUUCCACGGUAUUUCGGGAUUAAAAAUGGCCCGUCCUCCCGAAGUUGUAUAUUCUUGGAGGGAUAUUACUAGUGAUUUUAAAGCUUCAGUUAAGGAUUUGGAAUUAGGAGAGUUAGCCCAUGAUGAUCUAUUUGGUUUGUUUGAAGCUAUGUCGGCAAUUGAGAUGAUGGACCCCAAAAUGGAUGCUGGAAUGCACCACACAAAUGGAAAUAGAAAAAUUCUCAACUUCGAUCAAGCUGUAAGAGCUGAAAAGCUAGAAUUGAAAAAAGUCAAUCAUGAUCAAUUCAUAGGUAUUGUUGAUAAUAGUAUAGCCUGCCUAGUCACAUGGCUGGAAGGCCAUUCAUUGGCCCAAACAGUGUUUAUUAAUCUCUAUGCACAACAGCCUCAAAGAAUUGAAGACCGCAAUUUAAAAGCCUUUAUCACAAUUUUUCUUAAAGUAAUAGAUCUCAUCAAAGACUACAUUAACCAAGCAUCAGUGUUCGAAGAGGAAGAUUUUCAACCCUUGGUAUAUGGAUUCAGAUUAGCAUCUGAAAUCCCUGAAGCAAAAGCUUUAGCCUUAAUAAAAGAAAGUGAAGAAGAUCUGAUGAAAGAAAUGAAAAAUUCUGUUUCUUCAGCAUCUGCUGAGGAAUCCCAUAAACUGAAAGAAAUAAGUGCUGUUCAUACAAGAUUACGUUUUUUUCGGCAUUUUUACCAGUUAUUGUUAAAAUUUAACCGUCGAGAAUCAUCUAAUGUAUCUGUUAAUGCCCACUCGUUGAUCGAAGACAUUCUCAAGUCUACCCAUGUGUGUCGUGAAGCCUUAAACUCAUGCUUACAGACGAUCUCCCUUGGUUCAGGAUAUGGUGCCGAGGAAAUUGAAAUUAUGGGAUUUGAGCCUCAAGUUAAUCAGAGACUUUUACCACCAACGUUUCCGCGAUAUACCCAACUUCGUUCUCGAGCUGAUGCCAUUAGCAAUUUGAUCCAGUUAAUGGAUCGAUUGAAAGCAAUGUGUAAAAUAAAAGAUCACACAAAUUUCCAUGCUGCUUUGGAUUUUUUCUACAACAUCGGCCGACAACGUCCACCGCCUUGUGUUUUGUCACGCUCUUUGCUGCAGCUUCUUUAUAUUCCGUUAUGUAAUCGAGUAUUUGGUCAGCAACCUCUAACAGAAGUCCUUCAAGAAGCGGCCCGGAUGUUCAUCGCGCCACCCGUAUUGACGGGAGGUCUUGGUCUUGUCACUGGCACCCCACAGCACGCCCAAGUUCAAGAGUGUGUUGACCAACUGUUCCAACAGUGUGUACGACCGAUGGGCUCCUUGAUACAAAUUGCUGGCCAUAAUUUAGCACGCCAGAGGGAUAAAUUCGGGCACAUUUUGCAAGAUCUAGCAGCGCUUCAGGAAGAGGCCGAUAAAGUGGAUGCAUAUUUGCAUACAAUCUCUCUACAGACGGAUAGUGGUCGUUCACAUUUGGCUUGCCUCGGCACUUGGGUCCUUUUGCAUACGCUUCGGACAAUGAUUCAAUAUUUGUUCUCAGGGUUCGAGCUCUCUCUGUACAGCAUCUACGAGUACCAUUACAUUUUUUGGUAUCUUUACGAGUUUCUCUACGGAUGGUUGAUAUCGGCUUACAACCGAGCCGAUUCUUUUUUAACGGAGCAUCAGUCGAUGACCGAAUAUUUGAAAACCAAAGGCAAGGCGCCUGGUGCUACUAACAAAAAAGGAGGUCAAAGUGGCAAUGGCAAAAACAAGAAGAAGAAGGAACGUAGCGCUACCGCUCGACCCUACGCCAAAGAAAUUGCCUAUUGCCAAGCUGUUCAGUCGAUGUGUGGGGGCUAUUAUAAGGCGAUGGUAGCCAUGGAUUUGGAAGGGAAGAUUCGUCGCCCGCGGACCGAGUUUGAUGAUGAACGCGUCCGUUACGAGCACCGUUUUGCUGCACUGGGCCAAGUGUCAACGCCGCCACUCGUUCCGUAUGUUCAGUUCAAGGAAAUGACUAAACUGGAGUUCAACGCCACGGACGAGAAUGAUAAAGCAUCACAUGCGUCCAAUCUCUACGCAACAGCUUGCAGACAUUUCCACCAUGCAGCAACGAUUUUGACAGCUUUGACUGGCCAGUCAAAUGAUGAAAACGUGUUAUCGUUGAUCCGCGUCUGUAAAACGAACUGUGUCGUCAUGCGAUUGUUAGCUGGUGGGCAUCGCCGCGAAGGAGCAUCCGCGCCGCAAUUUGACUUUACCGUUCAUCCGCACUUACCCAUUGUCAAAGUUACCUAGCCGAGAAAAGUAUGAAAAUAAAGAUGAAGAAGCGCGACCCCAGUCCCAUGUAUCGUUUUGACAUGCCUUCAUGUGAAGUGGUACGUUACAAUUCAAACUGCAUCCGUUUAAAACAAAGCAAACCAACACAACAACAACAACAAAAUACAUUUUGUUGGAUAACAA